AAGCACUGAGAGUGGUCGAAACGUAACGUUGCAGUCGAAAAUGAGUUGCGGCACAAAAACAUUAAAAAUCUCCUCAUUUAUUUUGGACUUCCUUUGCUGUGUACUUGGCGCUCUGUCCAUAGCCGCUUGCUCUUAUGCCUUGAUAAGCUUUAGUCAUAGUCUGGCCAUACGAGUACCCUGUAUUUUGGGCAUUGUCCUGGGGGUUUUAAUCUUUGGUGGCACUAUUUUCGGAUGCAUAGCAGCCUUAAGGGAAAGCAUACGAUUGACAUGGGUUUAUUGUGCAAUUUUAUUGGCCCUGAUCUGUGGACAAGUCACUGUGAUAUUCGCUCAGCCAAUCAACUUUCAACUCCUGGCCAAUGAGACUAUAAACAAUGCCUGGCAAAAUCAACUUUAUCAAAGGGGUAGUAUGUCCUAUUAUGAGAUCAAGUAUCAUUGCUGUGGCAUGACUGGAUCUGUUAAUUAUCCUGACAGUGGAUUGACUAUACCUUCUAGUUGCUAUUACAAUCAAAAUUCUACCAUUGUCACCGAUCUUUAUACCGUGGGCUGUAAUCAACAGUUGGGUGCUGCCUUUGUGAAGGGUACACGUUAUGAGCGUAUCACAGAUUGGUCAAUUGUAGGGCUGGAGCUACUAACCGUAAUUGUGGCUGGUUUAUUGGCCAUAACAUUGCAGAAUGCCGAGCGUAGACGUCUUUAUCGUUAGAAAUAAAUAGCUAAUGCAAUUUCCAACAGUAUUAGAAGCUGUACAAAAUACAUUUACAAACCAGGCUGA